AUGAUUUUUUCGACAUGGUUAGCGUUACUGGUGGGUGCGAUUGGGGCACUCUUUUUGCUCAAUUAUAUUUACAAUUGGAUUCGGUUUAUGCGACUUAUGGACCGAUUACCAGGACCUAAGCCGCUACCAAUUCUCAGACAUUUAUUGGAUUUAUUUUGCGAACAAGGCGAAUUUUGGAGGAGAUUGAGGAAAUGGAGCAAAGACUAUGGACCUAUGUACAAUCUGGCAGCUAUGCAUUUUCCUUCUGUCAAUAUAUCAGGACCAGAAGAGUUUGAGGUUAUUGCUUCUACAAUGAAGCAUAUUGAGAAGGCAGAUGUCUACUUGUUCUUGAGAAGAUGGUUAGGUGAAGGCCUUCUGACCAGCACAGGUUCACAUUGGCAAACACGCAGAAAAAUUCUGACACCUGCUUUUCAUUUCAGCAUCUUGCAGCAAUUUGUUACAGUAUUCAAUAAGGAAACUGACAGAUUAGUUGAGGUGCUGAAAAAGGAGACGUCAAAACCUUGGACAGACGCCAUGCCACUCAUAUCAGAAUUCACCCUGUAUACGAUUACAGAAACUUCAAUGGGGACGAAGCUGAACAUGCAAAACCAAGAAGACAAAGAUUACGUAUCGAGCAUCUACGAAAUCGGAAAACUCCUAUUCUACAGGAUGUUACGACCUUGGUUGUACGUCUCCCCAAUUUACUACAAUUUGACACCAUUCGGUCUAAAAGAGCGCAAACUGAUCAAAGUCUUGCACAGAUUCACUGACAAAAUAAUAUCUCAAAAAUCCAAGGAUUUUCAGAAAUUUGAUGUACCACAAGAAAAUUACAAUUAUUCGCAAAGGAAGAAGCUGGCGUUUUUGGAUUUGCUGCUCAACGCGAAAAUCAGUGAAGGCAUCAUCGAUGAAAAUGGUAUUCGUGAUGAAGUCAACACUUUCAUGUUCGAAGGCCACGAUACUACCAGUACCUCGAUAUGUUUCACCUUGAUGUUAUUGGCCAAUCACAAAGAUUACCAGGAAAAGGUCUACGAAGAGAUGGUGACCGUCCUGGGCGAAACCAACCAUCCCACCAUACCAGCCCUGAACGAUCUCAAGGUCAUGGAACGCGUGAUCAAAGAGAGCCUGCGCCUCUACCCGAGCGUGCCCUUCAUAGGGCGCACCCUGGAGGAGGACACCCUCAUCAACGGGUACCUGUUGCCCAGGAGGGUGCACGUCAACGUGCACAUCUUCGACAUACACAGGAAUGAGAAGUACUGGCCCGAGCCAGACAGGUUCGAUCCCGACAGGUUUUUGCCAGAGAACUGCGUGGACAGGCAUACGUUCGCCUAUGUGCCCUUCAGCGCUGGGCCCAGGAAUUGCAUAGGACAAAAGUUUGCAAUAUUGGAAAUGAAAGCAGUUUUAUGUGGGAUACUGAGGAAUUUCGAACUUGAUCCGAUUGAUACUCCAGAUUCAGUUGUUUUAGUACCAAGCAUAAUCCUCAGGACACACGACCAGUCCUUGAAAUUGAAAUUCAAAUCAAGGAAUGCUGGAGACAAACGUUGAAAAUGA